AGGCGGGAAGCGGCCAUCAUCUGUGGUCGUGAGCUUGAGCGCUGUGGCCUGCUGCGCGGGCGAGUGAGGAAGGCAAAGGCGUCGGGUGCUACAAGGGAGGGAAGGGGAAGGGGAAGGGGAAGGGGAGGGGAGAGAGGAACGAGGGGCAGGGGGGAGGAGAUUGUGAUGGCGCCGACAAGAAUGGCGGGCGUUUUGCUCGGUGCUUUCGUGACGGCGAUGGUCGCAGCGUGUGUCUGCUGUAAUGCGCAGGCCACCGCCGGGAUCGGGACUCCUGGCACGGUGACUGUGGGUCCCGGCGGGCAGUUUUCCACGGUGCAGGCGGCUCUCAAUCAGGCGGCUCCAGGAUCGAGGAUCGUCAUUCUCCCUGGAAUCUAUCGAGAAAAGGUCACUGUGAGGAAGGCGGGCAUCACGAUGGUGGGUGUUAAUUAUAGCUCCAUCAUAGUCUGGGACGACAGCGCCGGCAGUGCUGGCGGUACUCCGGAGUCUGCCACCGUCACUGUGGAAGAGAGUGCCGCGGGUUUCACCGCCGUUGGCAUGACCUUCAAGAAUGACUAUGGACCAAAUGAGCGAGGCACGAAUGACCAACAAGCCGUCGCAUUGUACGUGCUAGCGGAUGCCAGCAUCUACAACUGCACGAUUGACAGCUGGCAAGACACCCUCAUGGCUCACGCUGGAAGGCAGUACUACAAGUUCUGCUUCAUUGCCGGGACAGUGGAUUUCGCAUUCGGCGCGGGCACUGUCUUCUUCGAGGACUGCGUGCUGUACGCGAAGAACAGGACCGACUCCAAGUAUGCCACUUACACGGCUCAGCAGCGCACUGACCCCGAUGAUCGGAGCGGAUUCGUGUUCAUGAGAGGCCACCUGCAGUGCGGUUUGAAUGUGAAAGCGCUCCUAGGACGGGGAUGGGGAAAGUACGCGAGAACGAUUUUCAUAGAGACGCUCAUGGAGGACUGCAUUCGCCCCGAGGGGUGGGGUGUAAUGAAGUCCGUUGGGGCCACUGACACCACGUUCUUUGCGGAGUACAAUUGCACGGGGCCGGGAUCGGACAGGAGCGCGCGAGUGGCCUGGUCGCGGGUACUCACUCCUGGAGAGGCUGCGUACUUUUCGAAUAGAACGUCGGUCCUGGGAUGACUGAGUACAAUUGCACGGGGCCGGGAUCGGACAGACAAAAUGUAACACCACAGACAAGUCCAGGCUUUUAGAUGGCUUUUGGAGUCUUGGUGGCUAUGGCCCGCCCUCAGCGGCCUCUACUCCUCCGAUUGCUAAACAGCCGUCUUUUUUUUUGGCUAUGUCAAUCAAAGUGGGGUUAGCUGUCACCGAGAGAGCUCUCAAAUCCCUCUCGUGGGGUCUUAACCCAAGUGAGCUACUAUCUAUUAAUUGCUAUCCUUGCCCUUCUCCACGCUCCUCUUCCACUAGAAUCCACUACUUCAAAUUUGCGGUUUUUUUUUGCCCUCUCAGGGGUGAAUGACACCGUCCAAAGGGGAAUGCCCGGAAUGGAGUUUGCCAACAGCAGAGGACACACGAAACGGCCGACAUCAGCGAUCGCCGGCUGCGCAGCCAUGCGAUUCCUUUAUUGAACUCUUCACGGUUUGAUCAAGAUCCACUUCAACUGAUGGAGAGAAGUUAGCUCACUCAGGUGCAUCGUCAGUCAGCCUUUUGCAUGUUUGCUUUCAAUUCUCCGUCGAUUUAUUUGUCUGCGACGCUCCCUAACCUGUCCCUCCUCCUCUCCCCCCCCCCUCUCUCUCUCUUUCUCUCUCUCUCUCUCCCUCGCUCGGUCGCUCGCUCGUACGCGCGCGCGCCCCCCUCCCCCCCUGCUUUUGGUGCCUCUAUCUGUCAAUUUGUCUGUGUGAGAGACUCAAUUCUGUUCGUCUCUGGGUCAUCGGCCAUGUCCCCCCGUCACAAUCUCAUUGUGGAUCUCUCUAAUAAUUGGAGAUAUUAAAUAGUUGUUUAUAUCUGCAGAUUUCUCCGAUAUGAUUUUUUCAUGUCCUUUUCGGCUCGGUAGUAGAGGGGCGUCAAAUAAUCUUCUGUAGCACUUCAUUCGGCGGUCUUGAGCUUUGCCGCAUCUGCUUUCGCGUCAUCGUUUUGUCAUUCUGGCUACUCAAGAGAGGCUCGGCGCGCAGCACGAAGGCCACUCGAACCUUCUUUGACCUCCGGAGUGGGGCGCCAUCGCUCGGGGCGAAUCGGUCGCGCCCUGGUCGCUCGGGCGACCGGUCAACGUCCAGUUUCUCAUCGAUCGCCGCCCGGAAUUCCGAGGCGGCGCCCUCAACUCACGGUACCCGGAUCGAGUUGCUCGGGUCGUUGCCUGCUCGAGAACGUAAUGCUCAAUCUGCUGAUGGCGCUGCCUGUACAGGCUUAUUCAAGGGUGCGCGAGCAGGGUUCCAUUUUUGCGUACGAGUAAAAAUCUGCAAGUUACUUACAAGAGAAGCGUCGACUGGCGACGUAAAUAAAAUUGACAUACUCUGUGCAUAAGCAUGCUCUACAAGCUUGAGGCGGAGCCCGAGAGAGCGGGAGUAGCUUCACAUUGUGGUUGGACAGCGUGAGGCGGAGCCCGAGAGAGCGGGAGUAGCUUCACAUUGUCGUUCAAAUAAGCGGUUGGAAAAAAAAAAGAAAAAAAAAAAGUCCUGCGGCCCAGUGCCUCCCUUUCUCUCGGCGUUUUGCUUUCUUCAUUCAUCUCUGCUUCAGACGCUACGCCAGCUGAGGUUGUCUUCAAGUUGUUAUGAUUGAGAAAGAAAGAUCCGUUAGAUUCGAUUGCUGAGCUGUCUCAGCUUAGGCGUCUGUGAGAGCGGUAGCGUACUUUUACACAAACGCGUCUUCUAUCCCUCUCCUUUUGUGUAUCUCUGUGUCAGACUCUCUCUUUGUGCCUCUCUGUGUCCCUCUUUGUGCCUCUCUGUGUCUCUCUGUGUGUGUGUCUUUGUGUCUCUCUUUGUGUCUCUCUUUGUGUCUUUCUGUGUCUCUCUGUGUCUGGCUCUCUGUGUCUCUCUUUGUGCCUCUCUGUGUGUCUUUCUGUGUCUCUAUGUGUCUGGCUCUCUGUGUCUCUCGGUGCGCUCUUCUUUGUUCUCUCUCUGUGUCUCUCGGUUCGCCUUCCGUUCUCUCUCUCUUUUGUUGUCACUGUGUCUCUCUGUCACUCUGCCCGUCCUUGUUGCUCUGUUUCUCUGUCUCUGUCUCGUGGGUGUGUGCGCUUGCUUUUCGGUGUCCUUGUUAUUUUUCAGCUCCUGCAGAUUUAUGGGAGAGCAAAGAGAGAGAGAGAGAGAGAGAGAGAGAGAGAGAGAGAGAGAGAGAGAGAGAGAGAGAGAGAGAGAGAGAGAGAGAGAUGUUGUCAUAGUUGUACUCUCUCUCAGACUGAUGUCGCCUGCCUGCCUGUUUUGCAGGCUUAUCUUUUAUAUAUUUCUCUAUAAUAAUAUCUGGCUACGCCAAAUUCUUGUGUGCCGUGAAGUUCUACGUAUUUGACAAAUGGUAAUAAGCAAUUAUUUGCCUUUCGGCGAGGCCGGUGCGAAAUGCUUCUGGAGAGAAGGAAGUCGGAGGUGGUGCCAAUUUAGGAAAUUCGGCGAGAAGUCCGACCUCUCGCUUCUGCUACCGUCUCGACGGUGCCAAUUUAGGAAAUUUGGUAGAGAGGCACUAGCUUCAAGGCAUGGUCUGCAACUUGAACACGUGGCAAGUCUCGACGCGCCGAGGAGAGCAGUGACUAGAAAAACAGCCUCGUCGACUUUCGCCUCUAUCCCUCUCUAGGGAGAGAGAUUUGUUACAAAAAAAAAAAGAAAAAAAAAAAAGGGAGAGAGAUCUGUUAUAGAUGACUGAUUUAAUUAUUUGUUUUGUAAUCAAUGGAUUGGAUGGCUGUUCCUCAAUCAUGUCGCAUAAUGCUCUUUACUGAUUCAGAUUCACUUUGCUAUUUGUUACUUCGGUAGUCCUGAAUCAGCAGCAGCUCACCGAGAGCAUCAGCCAUCUAGUAGAAGGUAUAUAAGACUUAGUUGCAUUCAAUCUUGAAUAGUGGUGGCCGUUUCGUUGGUCAAGGUUUUCGGCAAGU